GGGAAUUUCAGGAGCAUACAUGAGGCGAUGUUUGAAGGGAGCACACCUUUGUUCUCGUCAAUAUAAAGUUCACCAAUAUGUAUAGCGACAUAUACCAAUCACCUAACUCCAGUUCCAAGGGAACUUCUUCUGAGAAUUCACUGGAUCCCACGGAUUUUAAGAUGAAAACCACCGACUCUGCACUUGAAGUUUCUUCCCUUUCGCCAAUAGAUGGUGAGCCUGAUAGCUAUGAAAUCAGCAGGUAUAUUCAUCAAAAUUCGCAGCUGUAUAACUCUGAAAAAGAAUACACCAGCAUUUCCAGUGCAAAACAUUUCCGUUAUAUGGAUUAUGAGAAAAGAAAUCUCCGAUGUACACAUUGUACAUAUGUAACUGACAGAAAAAACAACCUUAAACGACACAUUGUCACAAUGCAUCAAGAGUGUUCUAAAACGUUGGAAUGUUGCGGAAUAGUGUUUCGAUCCAAGGCUGCUCUUCGAGAGCAUGUGUCUUUUCACCACAGAGGAGGCUAUCGUUGUCAAAUUUGUGGAAGGAAUUUCUGUCGGAAAGCGUUACUCAGAAGACAUCUUACAGUUCAUAGUGGUCAAAAAGACUAUCGAUGUCGGCACUGUGCUUAUGCAACAAGUCAUAAAAGUAAUCUGGAGCGUCAUCAAAAGGUGCAUGCAAAGGAUGGGGUCAAGCACGGCUCCAUUACCCAGAGCAUUUUCGAGGAUACUUUUGAUAAUAGAAAAGGAACUCACAUUGACAGUAUAUCGCAUAAACUUGCGAAGUGGAGAUUAGAAACCGGCUCUCUACCCGAAAUGAUUUACAGGCAAGUUUAUAAAAAUGCUGAAAAAGAAGAAAACUUUAAAUUCAAUGAUGAACAAAAUAUGCAACAGAAUCGCAUAUUCAAUUGGAUGAAUUUCAACAUGGCGUUUUCUGCACUUGGCAGAAGUCCAAUUCUCACUCAACAUGACCUCGAGGAGAAGACGCCAGAUGAUGAUUCAACGGAUAUUAGCGAUAAAACUGACCAUACCGAGUUUAAAUUGGACGAAAAUCAUGUGAAUGAUGAAAACGAACAAAAUUCUGUAAAAGAAUCGUUUGCAUCGUACAUUAAACGGUAUCUGACCAAUGAAACUGAUGAAAAUGCAAACUGUCAGACAAAUGACGAGAAUGAAAGCAAUGCAUCCGAGAACGAUGAAAACGUUAUAGCGCUGGCGAGUGCCCCGAAACACAAGCGCUGUCGACUGUCUGCACAUCCAUACAAAUGUUCUACUUGUGGUUCUACAUUCGGAAGUCAGAGAGGAUUUUUAAGGCAUGGCUGUGGGAAGUCUGUGAAGUCAGGGCUGUACUUUCCAGUAACAAAUAUGAUUAAAAAAGGCGUCGCGCUAGAAGAAAGAAACGCAAAGAAUAACUCAAAGGAAAGUCGAGACAAUGCAUAUUCAAAGUCACAAGAAGCAUGUCCAUUGACAGAAAGCACUGGGGAAAACAUCGAUCUCAAACAGUACUCAGAGGGCAACGCAGCAAAAUCAGGAUACACUUACAUUUUAUGAGACAAUAAUGAAAGUUCGUUACAGUUUUGACUUUUAUUGAAGCAGAAUUUAAUAUGGUUGUGUUUUUUCUUAAUGUUAUUGAUUUGUUUUUUCUAUUAUCCGAAAUUUUUUGCACAUAUGUUUGAAGUUAACCUAGAAGUAAGACCUUUUUAUAUUGUUGGUCUUCUUCAUUUAUCGAUCUACUUCUUGCAGUCAUGGGCGCAUUUAAGAUGAUAUGGACUUCAUAUUUCCAUAACAGGAACAUUUUAAUUGUGUUUCUAUAAGUAAUCCAAUGUGCUGACAUUUAAUUGGAGAUAUAUCGCAUUAUUGAUAAAAUCCGUUGAUUAUAAAGUUAUUGAAUAAAAGCAUCGUACGUUGA